AUGUUCAAAUUAACGAAACCCUCGUCUUCUCGUGUCUAUCGAUUCUCGUCAUUGCCAAUGCGAUAUCUCACCAAUAACUACGCUUCCCAGGCUGGGAAAUCACAGUCUACCACUACCAAGACUAAAUCCAAGCACAAAUAUGAUAACCUUCCUCUGAGCACGAGCGGUCCUAUAAACUGUGCGCUCAGUGGUACAUCGCUCUUGAAUACGCCGUACUUGAACAAAGGCUCUGCGUUUCCUCCGGAUGAGCGCCGCACGUUCAAUCUUACGGGCUUACUGCCUCAAGGUGUUCAGACGCUCGAUCAGCAGUGCAAGCGUGCCUAUGAGCAGUAUGCAUCUCAACCUGACGAUUUGGCCAAGAACACUUUCUUGACUUCACUCAAAGACCAAAAUGAGAUCCUCUAUUACAAGCUACUUCAGCUUCAUCUCGAAGAGAUGAUGAGCAUAGUGUAUACACCAACGGAAGGCGACGCUAUCCAGAACUACUCUAGACUGUUUCGACGCCCGGAGGGCUGUUACCUCAACAUUGAAGAUCCCGAUCAUGUAGAGCAGGAUCUUGGACAAUGGGGCAACGCAGAGGACAUUGACUAUAUUGUUGUAUCUGAUGGAGAAGAAAUCCUCGGCAUCGGUGACCAAGGCGUCGGCGGCAUCCUAAUCUCCGUCGCCAAGCUGGUCCUCACAACGCUCUGCGCAGGUGUACAUCCUAACAGAACACUUCCUGUAGUUCUAGACUGCGGCACAGAUAACAAGGAGCUUCUUGACGAUGAGUUGUAUCUCGGCUUGAAGAAGAACCGUGUCCGUGGCGAAGAGUAUGCCAAGUUUGUCGACAACUUCGUUCAAUCUGCCAGGAAGCUCUACCCGAAUGCUUACAUCCAUUUCGAGGACUUUGGCCUUAGCAACGCGAGGAAAAUUCUGGAACGUUAUCGUCCGGAUUUUGCUUGCUUUAACGACGAUGUCCAAGGAACCGGCUGCGUGACUCUCGCCGCCAUCAUGUCAGGUCUUCAAGCAAGUGACCAGAAGCUCAAGGAUUUGCGCAUGUUAGUUUUCGGCUCCGGGAGUGCCGGUCUCGGUAUCGCAGAUCAAGUUCGCGAUGCUAUCGCUACAGAAGGAAACAUGAGCCACGAGGAUGCAGCAAAGCAGAUCUGGUUGAUCGACAAGCCUGGUCUUCUCACCUCGGAAACUGAAGAUGUCACUGAUUCUCAGAAGAUGUACACCAAAGACGUGUCGGAGUGGAAAGACAAGGACACCGAUUUACUCUCUGUCGUCAAAGAAGUUCGUCCAAAUGUUCUCAUCGGCACAUCUACCAAGGCCGGAGCCUUUACCGAAGACAUCAUCCGUGCCAUGGCCGAGCACCACGAGCGUCCUAUUGUCCUCCCUCUAUCCAACCCAACGCGUCUUCACGAGGCCAAGCCCGAAGAUAUCUUGAAAUGGACAGACGGAAAGGCCCUUGUAGCCACCGGCUCACCCUUCCCAGCUGUCAAAGGCCCAUGGGGUAAAAACGGCGAAGAAGUAACCAUCAACGUCGGCGAGUGCAACAACUCAGUCGUCUUCCCCGGCAUCGGUCUCGGCUGCGUCCUCUCCCGGGCCAAGCAUCUAACCGAUCGCAUGCUCGUCGCAGCCGUAGAAGGCGUAUCCUCUCUAAGUCCCAUUCUUAAAGACUCGACAGCUCCUCUUGUACCAGACGUUAGUUCAGUGCGGGAUGUAAGUGUGAGAAUUGCACGCAAUGUGAUACAAGCCGCUGUCAAGGAUGGUGAGGCUACACAAGAAGGUAUCCCUGACGAUGAGGACGAUCUGGAAGAGUGGAUCAAGGAACAGAUGUGGGAUCCCGAGUACCGGCCCUUGAAGCAGGUUGAUUUGGAGAGUGCCACAAGGGAAGCCAGAGGCGAACUGAAAAAGGCCGGCACGGUACAUAGAAGUGGUCACACAUAG